GCAUCCUUUUUUAGAGGAGGCAAUUUGGCACCACUGUCUGAGUCUGGCAGGCCGCUGUGCCUAGGACGAGUCGUUUUCUUAUGGAUGUUACGUGUUAAUCGGUCGCCGUUCUACCUUCAAUUUAGGCUCUCCUCGUCUGGCACAGAUGAAAAUACUUUGCCAAGAUGGGGGAUGGAAUGCUCUCUCUUUCGUGGAACAACCACAAAGCAACUUUUUGCCAUAUACUCGCAAAUCUUAGGGAUAAGGAGAGAUAUACAGAUGUGACCUUAGCAUGUGAAGGGAAGUUCUAUCGUGUUCAUAAGCUAGUGCUUAGUACGUGUAGUGAAUAUUUUGAAGUGAUGUUUGAAAAUACACCAUGUAAACACCCGGUUAUAGUUUUGAAUCAUAUUAAACACGAUGAGAUAGAGGCAUUAUUGAGUUAUAUGUAUGCAGGGGUUGUGAAUGUGGCUCAGAAUGACUUAGCCAGACUAAUCAAAGCAGCAGAAUUGCUGAAAAUCAAGGGAUUGGCUGUACCUGAUGAGCCACCACAGGAGUCAGAGGUGAGAAAGAGCCAUCCCUCGCCGUGGAGUUCACGUGAUGAAAGAACUAGUCCAUUACCUAAGAGGAGGAGAAAAGAUGAUAGUGGGACUCCUCAAGGGGGAUCUCAGACAUCCAAUAGCCCUGCCUCAUCUCCUAGAGCCUCGCCUUUUAUGGAUAAUAGUGAUUAUGGGGAAAGGUCAAGGACGCACAGUGAAGGACAAAUUAGUGAUCAUAGGGGAGAAAGAACAGACUUGAGAAGUGAUCCAUUAAGCACUAGGUUAGACGAUAUUAGUGAUAAACAAAUUGAUCAUCGAUCAUCUACGGAACAGUCGCCAGCGCAGGCUAUUGUAGAUGAAACUUUAGUUAAGGAAGAAAUAUUAGACACUGCUGACGAUAGCAGAGACAAUAUGUUAGAUAGUGGAUUAGACUAUGGAUCUCUUGGUGCUGAAAAUAGACUGGACUCCUCAAAUGAUGCGUCAAAUACAGUUUUGCCUAAUAAAUUUGACACUCCAAUGAUGCCCUCACAGACCCAGCUAUCGGAGCCCGUUGUAGAGGCUCUGGCGGGUCCCUCUGGUAUGCAAGGGUGGCUAGGAGACAUGGGCGGUGGAUUCUCUUCUGUGGAGAGCUUCAGAGGGGAGGGGAGCCAACAAGACAUGAGGCAACCUCUCCCCACGCAACAACCGCACCAGAUGGAAUUGGUGAAGGACGUCGUGCGCUUGAAGCCGCGUAACAACAUCGUGCAGCUUGGGGUGCUGAAGGACCUUCAAGUAGGGGUGGCGAAUGACUUCGUUGAAGUGGGGUUGGUGGAAAAUGUAACGCAAGGAGCGGUGAAACCCCGUCCCACUGGGAAAUUGGUGAAAAUUGUGACCCAGCCUAGAGCAGAGAAGAAAGAAUGUCGGAAGCAAGAUGUGAAGGUCACCUUCCAGCCUGGAGGAGUAGUAGUGAAACCACCACAGAAAAAUAGAGUCCGAGGAAGAAAGCCAGGUGCGUAUGGCAAUUAUAAAAAAGGAAAUUUCAAGAAAUGGGUUUCAGAUGUCAAGAAAUUUGAUUGCUCAUACUGUGACUAUGUCACUGUAACUUCAACAAAUCUGUUGAAUCACAUGCGCACUCAUACCGGAGAGAAGCCAUUUGCUUGUGAUUACUGUCCCUAUCGGUCAACUCAAAAAGGAAAUCUUAGAACACAUGUCAAUAAGCAUCAUAAAGAUGAAGAAGGUUUGUCUCCUCGUAUUAAGAUUGUUGACGUCCGAGGAAUGGUUUAUCCAUGGCAUAGUCCAUUUCAGGAAUGAAUGCUGAAAUGAUUUAGUUCAAGAAAAACUUCAUGGCAAAACUCUCCAGAAAUUAGAUAUAACUGUUCAAAGCUUUAGGUUAAUAAUGCAAAAGUUUUGUGUCAAAUGUUGAUUAUUAAUGCAACCAUUCUUCCUUAUUUGCUGAGGGGUUACUCAUGCAAUUCGUGAUUUUAGUAUCUGACCUAAACAAUACAGGUGUUAUCAUGAACACAGAUGUUUUGAGUGCAUAAUACUCAUUACUGGAUGGAUGCAGGGCAUUUUAUUGUCUCAGUUGCCUGUUGUGUAGUAUACAAAUAAUCCAACAUAAUCAGCAGAGUAAAUCCCAUGAACCUAACAAAGAUAAAAAAUGUCAGUAACAUAGAAACUACAAAAUGUCUGCAGUUUUAAAUCAAGCCCAUACAUGUAGCCCAUUAGUUUUAGUAAAUCAGCAUUAUGGCUUUAAAAUUAGUUUUCCCUUUUAUUUUUUCCAAGUAUUUUAUGUACUGAAAGGAAUAAUAGCUACAGGUAUACUUUAACUUUGGAUCCAUAAUAAAAUCAGUCUUAGUCACAAUGAAAUUAAUGUAAAUGGCUCCUUAAUUUACAUGGAAAUAACUUGCAAUAAAUACUUUUUGAAGGGAAAAGUUUUACACUAGAAAGUAAAUUUAAAUUUGUCAGAGGAACUAGAAACUCACACUAACUAAGGUUGUAUAGUUGAAUGGUAGGAUUUUGAUUGUGUUAUAUAGAUAUGAGAAAUGCCAUUGUCUGGAGGGGUAUUAGUUUUGUUGAUUACUGUUUAUCUUUAGGGGGCCUAGAGAUUUGUGUGGUGGUAAUGGUGUAGUGCAGAACAUUGCACAUGACAUUGUUUUGGUUCAUUUAUAGUAGAUGAGUAUUUAUUUAGUAUUGUUAUGAAUGUUAUUCAUGUUUUAUGUUAUUUAUUAUUCCAUUAUUAGCAGCUUAGACUUGGAGUUGUUUAUAUUUUCUUUCAUAUUAGUACAUUUUAUUUGAGAAAAGGCCUUCAUCAGGUGUAGCUAUAGAAGUAUGUUAAUAUGCAGCAUUUGAAUGUAAGCUGCAGAAAUGUGUUAGUAUACAGUGUUGUCAUGAAAAUACCAAAAAGAAAGAAAGAAAGAAAGCAAAGAAAAUUACAAGCUUUUGGAAAUUAAAAAAUCAGGGAAUUUAUUGUUGUGGUUCCAUCAGUUUGUUGCAUUAGGAAAAUAAUAUGGUAGUACAGUACUACAUACAUACACUUUGUUUUUUUGAGCAGUGCAGUAUUUUUGUCUUGGUGUCUAGAAAAUAGUCACUAUUUUUAUUUAUUUAUUUAUUUAUUUUAUUUUUUUAGAAGCUGUCUACUUAGAUUACAGCAUCGGUAUACUGUUUGUGGUUAUUGUAUAUCAGAAGCUAUUUCAGUAGUACAGUAGUGAGGGAAUUAAGUAAACUAUGUUGCUCUUUCAUAGCCUGGUUGUGAAGUACAGUUUUAAUGCUUUGGAGAGCUAUAUUUGUAAGUAAAUUUUUGUAAUAGCAUUCCUUUUGGAAAUCCAACGUAAAGUUUUGUUUACUAUUAAAUGUUUGUAAAAUCACAAACUAUGCUGUGAUUAUCACAUUUAUGAAUAUUGGAAGACAAAAACCAGUGCUGUACAUGAAAAGGGUAGUGUUGGUUUGUUAGAGUAGCCAAAGUAUGUGUGCUUUGGAUGUAAGCUUAUUACCAGAUUGUGAAUCUUAUUACAUAUUAGCAACAUACUUAAGUUUCUAGAACUGAGGUAAUGUAAGUUUGUUGUAGGAACAGCACAUUGAAUUUAUAUCUAUGAAGGCAGUUCCCUUUCACAUAUAUUAUGGCAUGGUGUGUAGGUGGUGACAAAGCACUACAGUAGUGCUACAGUAAUUAUAUAUUAGUCAGAUAUUCUUAUGGAGCACUUUAUUAGAUGUUAUAUUUAAUGUCUAAUGAUUUAAAUGGAAGUCCAUUUUCACUCCUGAGGUUCAUGGAUAGUAAAGUUGUACUAUCUACCAGACAGUCUUAAAGUAAACAGGCAAGAUGUAAAUAACUUCAGUUUUCAUGUAAAUGUGAUUGAUAAAUGAUUGUUGGCAGCUGAGUGUAGUAUGUUUUGCAUUUCUACCGUUUACUUCAUAUAUAAAAACCAUUGGCAAAUUAUUUAUAAUAUUAAUUUCCAGGCUUGCCCAGGAUCUUUAUAGUAGAACCCAGGAGCUUGACAGAUUGGCUUACUACAAAGAAAAUGUUAAUUAAAAGCCUUUUGGUGACUUAUUUUUUUAUUGUUAAAGAUAUUCUAGCUGGUGCUUUAAUGUUUAACUUCACUGUGUUCGCUUGAACAGUGUGUUUAAAUCCGGAACAAAUACAUAUUAAGCAAAUGACAUGUAAGAGUUUUUCAAGAAAUUGAUACAAUGUAUUUUUUGUCAUUUUUCUUUGUCCCUUUUUUCACAUUGUAUUUCCAUUUGUUUCAUAAUAUACAAGUGACCCUAUGAAACAAAUAGGAAAUAAUUCAGGAACUGUAAGUCCUUCAAAGUGUUAACAUAUUUUUUUUUCUAGUUUGUUUAUUCUAAUGCUGUAUUUGAAGACACUUGAACUAAUACUGAAAGCAGAUAUUUUUUUGAAAAGCCAUCGUGCAUAUCCAUGUGAAGACAGUAUUUUACAGUAGACCAGAUUUACUUAUUUGUCAGUCACGCUCUUGUAAGAUGGAGAGUAGGCAAAAAACUAAAAAAAAACAAAAAAGCCAUUGGAUCUUAUUUGUUAGCCUAGUCGGAAUAACUGCUGUCAAUUGAUUGUUGUGCAGUAUGUAGUAUUUUAUUUUUUUUAUCUUGCUUUCUGUGAUGCUAGGAUUUCUCUAAUACAGGCACUUCUGAGUUAUGAUGGGGUUAUAUUCUGAUAAACCAAUUGCAUUGUGAAAAACAGCACUAGUCAAAAAUGCAUCUGAAAAGCUACCGCAACGAACGUCGUAGGCUAGCUGAACCCUCAUUAAACAUGCUUAGAACAUUUACAUUAGCCCGAGGGCAAACUCGUUAAUACAAAGCCUGUUUUGCCAGACUGCCAUGCAAAUAAGGAGCACAGUUGCUGCCUUGAUGCCCAGCUUUCACAAGAGUAUCUUACUAAGUAUCGCUUGCAUGUGUAAAAAUCAAAAUUCAAAGUUCAGUACAGUAGGCAGUCCCCGGUUAUUGGCAAUCUGGUUUUAUGGUGCUAGACUAGCGCCAUAAAAUCUGCAAUUUAUGACGCCGUAAUGGGACGAGUUCCGGUUAUCGUCACCAUAAUGGGACAAGUUCCAGUUAUCGGCGCCAUAAAAUGGGACAAGUUCCGGUUAUUGGCGCCAUAAUGGGACGAGUUCCGGUUAUUGGCGCCAUAAGGCACCGUAUGGCACCAUAAGGGUUCUUAUUGCCUGCCAUAAGCAUCCAUAUGGCACCAAUAACCAGUUAUCAGCGCAUUAAGCCACUGAGUUUCAGUUAAUGGCGGUUUUUGCUUAUCGGCACACCCCUGGGAACAGAACCCCGCCAAUACCGGGAACUGCCUUGAUGAAUAUGUUUUUAUCACUUGCUGUCAUAUUCAAAAUUCCAUAAAACUGACCAUCGUAAUUCGAGGAGUGCCUUUUUUUAUUAUUAUUAUUAUUAUUAUUAUUAUUAUUAUUAUUAUUAUUAUUAUAUACUUUACCAAGAAGUAUGAUGGUUGAGAAGGCACUCAAGUGCUCCUCUUCAAUAAAUAGAAUUAAGUUAGUAACUGACCAUUGUAGGUGUUGAAUUCAGUAAAAUACUGUGGUGUAAAUGCUUAUAGAAGUAGUGUUUCAAAUUUAUGGAAAAGCAUUCCAUAUUCAUAUUGGUGUAAUUGGUGUGCUUUUAAAUCACUGCUAAAUGUGAUGUUGCCAUGAAAUUUUAUAACUUCUAUGUGAUGCCCCGUGUUAUUAUAUGUCUAGUGUUUUGUUCAUAUUGUAGUUAAGAUUUGUUAGUUUUCUCCAAAUAUAUCAAGCUUUAAGACAUUGAUUGUUAAAUGACCAGAUUAUUUAAGUGAGGCUAUCGAGAACUUUUGUAGUUUACCUGUAGAUGGUUAGUUCUGUCACAGCAUAUCAGCCAUAACAGUAAUACUAUUAGUAUUAUUGAUAUGAGAUGGAUAUUUGAUCAAAUAUGCUUAUGCCAUAUUAUACAUGCUAGUGCAAUAUAUGUUGUUUUCAUUGUUUGUACAUUGUGGAAUUGGACCCUAGCCAAAGUGGUAAGCAGUAUGUAAAUUCUUAUACUGUGCUAGUUUAACUUUCAUAUACCAAAGUCUUCUUUAAAGGUGAAUGUGGAAAUAAACCUGCAAAACUCAUAAAUUAUUUCAUUU